AUGAAAAAAACGAGAAAAGUGAGAGAAAGUGAGAAAGAGAAGAUUAUGAAUCCAACCGUAACGGUGGGCCCAGGCGAGAAGGCAGUUAUGAAAUGUAGAGUGGAGAACCUCGGAACUAAAACGUUAACAUGGCGCAAGGAGAACGAGGUCCAUCCACUGACCAUAGGCAACCAUCCGUUCGCCCCUGACUCCAGAAUGAGUGUUGACCACAAUGCUAGGACUUCCGAAUGGAGUUUAAGCAUCAUGGAUGUCAAACCGAGCGACGAAGGAACAUACAGGUGUCAGAUUAGCACGAAAAAUGGAAAUCACUCUCAACAGAUAAAACUGAUUGUAAAAACAAUCAAAGUGACGGGAGAUGAAUACCUGGAAAGUGGAAACACCAUCAAGUUGAUGUGCAACGUCAGUGGCAAGCCCGAACCGCCCCAUAAUCUUGAAUGGUACAAAGAGGGCAGACACCUGGCUCCGGACGCCAGGAACGGUCUUAUUAUAACGAAGAAGAUCGAAACGAGAGUCCUCAUCAGCGUCCUCACUAUUACGAACUCCGAUGUAAACGACUCUGGAGAAUACACCUGUCAGCGCUUCUCAAUGAAUUUUGCAAACAGAUGGGUCUUGAGAUCCGCUCUGAACUUCGUAAGUGAUGGAGAAGUAGUCAGAGAAGGAGGUAGAGAGUUCCAGAGAAAAAGCAAAUGCAGAUUUAGCAAAGGAGUGUUUAACAUGAGUUAA